CUCAACCAGCAAGCCGCGUCGUCUAUCUAGCUCUCCAGCCUGACCCCUCCCGUCAGCCAGCGAGCCGCGUCGUUUAUCUCUCUCUCCGGCCAGAUCCCUUCCCGUCAGCCAGCGAGCUGCGUCAUCCAUCUCGCUCUCCAGCGAAAUCCAUUCCAUGUACGUUCUCCGGCGAGCAGUUCUUCGGCUGAGUCCAGUGUUAUUUGGAAGAUAAAACGUUCAACCUAGUCAAUCCUAGCAGGAGAUAUAGAUUGCAAACAUGGCGAACAAUUUAGAACAUACAAGUGCGAUGACAAGGGAGUUUACACUCGAGUUGUUGAAACAAAUUACAGAUAACUUUUCUGAGGAGCAUGUCAUUGGACGUGGUGGGUAUGGAGUAGUCUACAAGGGAUUACUGGAUGAUGGGGAAGAGAUUGCUGUCAAAAAGCUUCACUACAUGCCCGGGCUUGACGACACACAAUUUACAAAUGAGUUUAAUAACCUUAUGAGGGCCCAGCAUCAAAAUAUUGUACAGUUAGUGGGCUACUGCUAUUAUCUAGGACAUGAACGCUUCAAGUACAAUGGUGAAUAUAUUUUUGCCCCAGUAGAAGAAAGAUUUCUCUGCUUCAAAUACCUGCAGGGUGGAGGCCUUGACAAGCAUAUUUCUGAUGAAUCCUGCGGACUCAAUUGGCACACACGCUUCAGGAUUAUUAAGGGAGUUAGUGAGGGCCUAAAUUACCUUCAUAAUGGAUGCAAAGAUUCUAUUUACCAUCUUGACUUGAAGCCUGAGAAUAUAUUGCUGGACAAGAACAUGUUCCCAAAAAUUGGAGAUUUUGGUUUGUCAAGACUUUUUCGGUCAGAACAAACCCAUAUCACAAGCAAAAUUAUGGGAACAGUUGGAUACAUGCCACCAGAAUACAUCGAUAGACGAGCAAUAACAUCGAAGUUUGAUGUAUUCAGUUUGGGUGUUAUAAUCCUUCAGAUAGUAACGGGAUAUGAUGGCUAUUACAAAUGUGAACAUAUGCCUCCGCAAGAAUUUAUUGAGCAUGUACAUGAAAACUGGGGAAAACGGAUGCAGGAAACAAUGUCAUCACAUACAUCAGAGCAAGUUAUUACAUGCAUCAAAAUAGCAUUAAGGUGUGUGGAGUUUGACCGAGAGAAAAGGCCUACCAUAGCGGGUAUUAUUGAUGAACUGAAUAAGAUUGAUAAUGCCGAAAGUUCAGCUACAGACAAGAACACAGAAGAAAAUGAGCACACUCUGGAAAAACUACCUGAGAUUCAAGAACAAAAAAAAGAGAGUACAGAAGACGAUAGCAGAUACGCGAGAACAAAUCGUAUUUCCACUCUCGUGGAGAAUCAGGCUGAGUUGGUCGAUUUCCCAGCUGGCCCCAUGGGCUCCUUGCUCCCCAAGCUGCUCGAGUUCCUCAGCGACGAGUACAAUUACCUUCAUGCGGACUGCAAGAAAGACGUAGAGUACGUCUACAACGAGCUGGUGGGCAUGCAAGCUGCCCUGCACAAGGUGGCCGAGGUGCCACAGGACCAGCAGCUGGAUUCUGUGGUUAAGCUCUGGACCGAGGAAGUAAAUGACCUCUCAUAUCAGGUGGACAAUACCGUUGAUUCCUUUCUGGCGCGCUUCUGGGCCUCUGAGUUUGGCAUGUCUCCGAACCUUCGAAGUCAGAAACAGCAACUUCCAAGGAAGACCUCCGGCGCGAAAAAGAAAGGGAAUGGCCAAAAGAAGCGGGCGCGAUGACGACUUAGGGCUAGGGCUGACAGAAGGCGGUAGCAAUUACUACUUGACAGUAGUACAAGUCAGAGCUUUUGAGAUGGUUGUUUUAGGGUACUUUUGAGAUGGUUUCGGUUAGGACCCUCCUAACUGGCGAACGUUCGCCAGGGGAGGUGGCACAUGCUCACCAAGACUGGGCGCAUAACUCUGAUCAAUGCAGUGCUCACCUCCAUCACCACCUACUACCUUACAAUGUUUGCCCCUUCCAAGUGGCUGAUCAAACGCAUUGACAAGCUACGGAGAGGGUUCCUUUGGCGUGGCGAGGACGAAGCUGCUGGAAGCCAUUGUGCAGUGAAUUGGAAACAAGUGUGUUCCCCGACAAGAUUUGGGGGCCUGGGCAUCAAGAACCUGGAGCUCUUCAGCCGGUCCCUCCGGCUUCGCUGGCUCUGGAACUCUUGGACCAGUCCAUCGCGACCUUGGAUCAGCUCCCAAAUGCCAUGCUCUGCUACUGACCUUGCCCUGUUCAACACUGCAACUUCGAUCACUCUUGGCAAUAAAAGAUCAACCAAAUUUUGGUCCUCCUCCUGGCUAAAUGGUUCAGCCCCCAAGAACAUUGCACACAACCUAUACAAGCUCGUGCGGAGGAAGAAUGCGUCGGUUGCAGCUGCGCUAGCCAAUGGCAACUGGAUGAGACGGCUGCAGCGGCUGACAACAACUACAGACCUUCACUGCUUCUUUUCCCUCUGGCAACAUAUUCAGCAAGUCAACCUCACCGAUGAACCUGAUGCAAUCUGCUGGAAGACCUCAUCAUCAAAUCAUUACUCUGCAUCCUCGGCAUACGACCUCCAGUUCUUGGGCUCCAUCAACCGACCUGCCCUGGACAAAAUAUGGCAUAUCAAGUCUGAAGGAAAAGUGAAAUUCUUCACUUGGCUGUUGGCGCAGAACAGGCUUCCCCCUACCUAUCGGCUGCGAGCCAGACGCUGUGACAUUGCCGACAGAUGUUCUCUCUGUGAUCAGACUGCUGAAACUGCGGCUCGCUUAUUUUGCCACUUCCCCUUCACUUCUGAAGUUUGUUUCAAGCUGCACUGCACCCUGCAACCCAGUCAAAAUGCUGCUGCAAGCUUCAACAACAUGCACUUCCUCACUGCUCAGGAUUGGUGGGCUCACCACAGCAAUGGCCCCAAGCAGAACGCCCAACAAGUCAUGUAUUUUGCGUGGAAUAUUUGGAAUGAACGUAACCGGCGGGUCUUCAAGCACAUCUCUUCGACUGCUGACGAGAUUGUCUCCUUAAUUGCGUCAGACUUAAAUCAUUUACGUGUAGCCUUGUGUAGACCCCCUCCUGAACCAGACUGAGGUUAUCCCUUUUGUACCUUAAACUCUUGUACAUUCUUUAUCUAGUACUAUAAUGCAAAGGCAGAGCACCAGCCAUUCGCCCC